UUGCAACACUUGCAUCACGACGGCUAUGAUAACCACAAGUUUCCACCAUAAUUCACUACAGUAUACUACACACGAAAUUCAGUGAUUUUAAUUACGGCUCAAAGUCUUUUAGGGCUAGAUUGGCUUAACCUUAGUGGGCUGAGUCCACCACAUACUAUAUCACUAGCUAGACUUUUAGCGAAAAGCGCACACAAAGUUGCCACCAUCCAUUGUCCAUCAGUAGAGCAUCCAUGCUCUUUGAUCCAUUUGAUCCAUUUAUCUUAAAUCUUUAAUCCUUUCACCGUUCAUCGUUAAUCCUUCAUCAUACUCUAAAAACGUUCAUUCAUUCUAGUAUAUGAAAUCGCUUAGCACUGAGUAAAAGAACUAUCUGAAACUCAACCCGCCAACAGCUUUCCUUGCCAACCCUUCUUUUCAAACCUCGUCAAGAUGGAUUCACCAUGGAGACCAGACUUAUACAAGCCAUCCUCAGCUUGUGAAAUUGCUCCUCAUCAAAUUUUGGAGGCCGAGGCCUUGGAGUCCGAAAUCAAAGACUUUGCUCAAUUCACAAAGGAUAUUACAGAAACCCCGUACGACCCGGAAAAUUGGCUCAAUCGGGGUAAUUGCCUCCGCCGAUUAGGGUACCCGGAACUUGCUCUUGGCGACGUUCAAAAGGCCAGGCUUCUAGUCGAAGCAGCCUUAGAGAAUGAUUCUACCUUAGGUACUGAUGCUUACAAAGCAUAUAGUCAGAAGAUAUGGCAGCUCCAUCAAACUCACCCAGCAUGGAUGCCCAGGAAAGCACAGGUUGCUACGCCAGAAUCUCUUCGAGCUUUAGUUACAGUCCUACUAAAAAGACUGGAACUUCAGAUUUGGUCAGAGUUAAUGGAAGGAUUAAUGGCUUCCAAUUGCUGCUCAGACUACCUUGAGGUAAGUAAAGAUGCGGUGGCCAAGUUUCCAGAUGAUCAGGUUUUCCCUUCGGAAGUAACAAAUGCGGAAUCAUGGUUCGAGCAACGUCAAAAUAUCCUUCAAGGAUAUGUUGGCAAUGAAGAAAUGACAGCCGAGGCCAUGAAGACUACUCUUUACAACGGAGGCGUCUACCCAACAGCAUAUCCAUGGAUGACCGAAGAUGUUGUCGCAAGAUCCGACGAAGUAAUAGAAAAGGUGGCGGCCGAAUUUACCUCUGCAUCAUCCAAUUGCGUAGUCUCAAAGAGCACAAUUAGACUGGCAAUUUCGCUUGAAGAAAUAUCAGAGAUAGAUGUGCUUGGCGUAGUGGCAACAAGAGAUAUCAUGGCAAAAGAAUCAGUUCUUGUUGACCCUACGCUUGCUGCUGUGGUUGACAGUGUCGACCGCUGCCCAGCUUGUUGUGGGCCACUCUUGAAUAAAAUCGAAAAUUCAUGUUGUAAAACUUUGUAUUGUAGCUCUUCCUGCUCUCAAACUGCACUGGAUAAUUAUCAUACCAUCCUUUGUGGUAAAGAUCUAGAUUUCUCGCUCCGGACCGAGUCAGAAUCUUUGUCAAACCCCACAGAAUCGUCUAUAGGAUCCAACUUAUUUCUCCGCGUUCUCGCCCUUUCUUUGAAAGAGAAUGCCGCCAAUCCCCUGAAAACCUCUCUCAUAUCACGUCUCACACCCGCGUACAAUCCAAAUAACCCUCAACUCAUUGCGUUAAAUUUCAAGGAUCACAUCAUAACCCCGAUUCGCAUUCUUCGUGGGCUUGGUAUCGACGUAUUCGCGAACAGCGCAUAUGAUACAUGGGUUCUGCACACUAUCUACUGUCGUUUACAGAACAAUAAACAUGGGCAAACCUUCGAUGAUAUUUGCGGAACCGCCGUGAAUCCUUUGUAUUCGAUGUUCAAUCACAGCUGCGAUCCCAACAUUGAUUGGAGACACGACGAUGAAAAUAGCACAGUUACCAUGUUUGCUGAGAGAGAUAUCAGGAAAGGAGAGGAGAUGUUCAUUUCGUAUAUCGGGAGAGGCAAGGGUCUUAAGGAAAGACAAGGGAAACUUAUGCCUUGGUUUGGCAUGGAUUGUGCAUGUCACAAGUGUGAUGAGGAGAAAUUAGAGGCGAUGGCGGCAGGUAUCACUAUCUGAGCCGGGAAUUUUUAGCAGCGAGACCGUUUUUAGAUAGACGCCAGAUCAACUUCCUGGCUCAAUGUUGCUCAUCAAAAAUUACCCAUUGCUUAUUGUUCUUUUUUUUUUGCUCUGCCCGUUGGAAUCGGUAUUGACAAGCCUAGGAAGUGAUCCUCUAUUAUUUAAGCUUCUUGCAGACCUUUGUCUAUGCACGUUUGGCACAAUAGCAUAAGUGUUAUGUCUGACAUGUAUCU